AUGCUGCUCCAUGAUGAAGGCGAUAAUUAUGUGCCACUCAUUGAGGACGAUGAUGACUCUCAAGCUCAACCACUUCCUACUCAACGGAAAAACGUAGAAGAUAUGAAGGAAAUGGAAGUAGAAGACUCGAUGACUAAUGCUGAUAUCCGCUCGCUGAUGCCAAUUGCGGGGGGAAGUGAAGACCGCUCGCAUGCUGCAAUUGACACACAGGCUCGUGUCUCAAACAUCACUCUCCCUGCUAGCACCCGUUCUAGGUAUCCCAUGGUUUCCUCAUCCAAUGGUUCGUCCCAAGCUCUAGUCAGACAAUACGCAUUGUUACCCUAUCCUCCGGUUACCGUCUCGUUUCCAGCGGUGAACGCACUCACCCUCACCGACUCGAAUUCGACCAAACUCGACUGCUGA